AAGAUUGGUAAAUAUGAAUUUGACAAAUGCAAUUUGUAAAUACGUAAUACAACUAGUGGAUUAUUUUAAUAUACUUAGGAAAAAGGCUUCGUAUCAUAAGUAAACAAAAUUUUAAUCACGCAAUGUUAUGAGGUAAACUAUCGCCAGUUAAAUCAAAGGUUGUAUAAUUUGAAGUACUUACUGGGAAGAAAGGAUGGAACAACUCCCUACUGAACUCAUCGAACUCAUAUUAGCAAGUGGUAGAUUGACUAUACAAGAUGUACUUAAUUUUAGUACGACCUGUUCAAAUUAUAGAAACGUAGUGUGUAACAGCAAUUUCGUAUGGAAGCACAAAUUCAUGCAAAAAUGGCCACAGUUUUUGCCAUUGUUUAGUAAAGAGUUCAGCGAGUGGUUUAAGGAAACGAUUUUUAUUUACGAAUUAUCGAAACGUACUCAUGCUAUGUUGUCUACUAUGUCUGAGAGAUUUUAUAAAAAGAGUGAACUGUCCAACUGUGAUAUGGGGGAGUGGGCGUUGUUAAUGGACGAGAUGCCUAGAAUAUAUCAUUAUGUAGCCUUCGAUUUAAUGACGAUUAUACAUUGCGAUGAGCCGAUUAGAAGUUUUCAAGUUGUACCUGUUGAUACCCCCGGCAACAAAACUUUGCAAUACUACGCGUUGAAAGUGUUGCGAUUGGUUCGACAGCAUCACCUAUCGAAAGUGUGGGAAAAUUUCAUGAGCUUACCUGUUCGACAGCAAAUAUUAGAGAAAGGAGCAGUUUUAAUAGCUCAGUGGUUUCAGCCAGUCCACGAUAUCAAAUGCGAUUUCAUUUCUAAAAAGUUCGAUGAUCUCGCUGUUCAAGUCAUUGAGGAACUACGCUCAUGUAAACCUAAUCAUCCGUUACAUAAAGUUCCUGCAGAGACAAUAGUGAAGUGGAGCGCCGAGAAUUUGGAUGGAAAUCAGUGGGAUGUGAGGGAAUGUCAGGAAAUUAUUCAAUGCUUGACAACCGUCUUGUAUAAAAAUAACAAGUUUAGGGGGAAUAGUAGUACCUAUUACGUACCAGAGAAUUCCUUUAUUAAUGAGGUGUUAACGAGGAAACAAGGAAUUCCGAUAACACUAGCAAUAGUCUAUGAAAGCGUGGGUCGCCGUCUUGGUCUCAAGUUCGAUCCCAUCAACUUUCCAGCUCAUUUCCUUUUGCGAUUUACAGAGGGCAAACGAGAAAAGCCGGGCAACACGUAUUAUAUUGACGUGUUUAAUAAUGGCAGCAUAAUAAAUCGGGGAGUGUGUCCACGUAGUAGUUUUUCAAAUGAUGGAAGCCAGUUUGAUUGCGCAACUGCAAAGGAGGUUGUAGAGCGAAUGGCCAACAAUUUACAAGUACUAUACCGCCAGCACACGAAUCGAAACGGAAACGUUAGUACGUUAAGGGCAACGUUGGAAUUGUGCCAUUUGAUAAACCCGCAAGAUUUUGCUACGAUUGUAAGCUUAGCGCGUGUGUAUAUGUGGCAUAAUAUUGAUACAAAUUGGCUCGAAGCUUCUCUUUUACGACGAGGAGCUGGGGCCACCGAGCAAGAAGAGCAUGUUCUGCAAAUGCUACGAGAUUACAACGUACAUCUCGUCCAAAACAAUUCAGAGCCCAUCUUGCAGGUCUCUCCUAAAAAGCGAGUCAGCGAAUUAAAGUAUGCUGUUGGAAUGGUUAUGAGGCACAUAGUGUUCAAUUAUAUUUGUGUAAUUUACGAUUGGGACCCCUUAUGCUCAGCUACGCUCGACUGGCAAGAGCAAAUGGGUGUAAGCAAACUACGUUAUAAAGCCCAGCAGCCCUUUUAUAACGUUUUGGUACAAGACGGAUCGCAUCGAUACGUUGCACAAGAAAAUAUGGCACCCAGUUACAACUUCGGUUUUCUACAUUUAAAUGAAGACCUAGGACGAUAUUUUUCGCACUUCUUCGAAACUCAUUAUGUGCCAAAUGCUGAAAAAGAAAAACAGUUUCCCGAAGACGCCGAAGUACGGAAUGCGUAUUAUAAGCAUUCUAGGGGUUUCCUGUGAUUAUUAGUCGAUCUUUUUUUUUAAUGUAUUGUUAUUGUUUUCUUUAUUUAAUUUUAACUUAUGUUGCAGUCAAUAAGGUAAUACACAUGAUAACCACAACUGUGGGUUUUCUUCACAAUAUGCAUUAAAUAAGUGGUUUAUAUAUAUUAUAUACAUGAAUAUUUCUCUUACUACUGAUACCUAUAUUUUAAACUAUUUCAUUUUUCUGUACUACAUUAAAGGUUGUUAAAAUGAG